GUGGGAUGAGCGGGUGCUGGAGGAGCAGCUGCUGGGGGCUGUCACUGUGUCCCAAGGUGUUGCCUUUUUAGCAGGGUCCCGGGAGGAAUCAACAGCCAUUUGUGUCCAGAGAGACUUUGGGUAGAUCAUUCACAGACACCGACAGUAUCAGGACGGCUGAGUUUCUAUGGGAUUUCCUGAGACAUAACGGACCGGCCACAGUCAGCACUUACCUGAGCCACCUACCUGCAAUUAGCCAACAAUCACUUACUGGAAGAACUGCUGGAUCCCCAUUGUUCUCUAACUCGCACCCACCUAUCCGGCUCUCCCAUAACCCCCCCCAAUCAGGGUCACUAUUAUAUCUGCAGGACUUUGGGAGAGGAACAGCACCUUGGGGUGUCAGGGCAACACAAUGGGAUUCCCUAAUGGUUUCACAGAUGAACCACAAAAGAGUUUAUUGUCGAAAGCUCGAGGAAUCGGCUCGAGCGCAUUGAGGUUUCGAGGCGGGACGCUAUUCCGAGAAGCGGAGAAGGCUCCAAAGCCAGAGUUUGUGUACAGCACCCCUCAGGUCAACAUCAACCCCUUCACCCCGGAUUCCUUGGAAAUCCAGUCUUCUGCCGGGCUUUGUCGCGGGAGAAAAAGGGCACUUUUAAAUGACUCCUGUGGGGAAGACAUGGAAGGCAGCGACUGUGAACUGGAAGAUGAAGACAUCCGGCCCGCGAAGCGGAUCCCAAUAACAGAAAGCAACAUGAAGUCUCGAUACGCAACAGAAUUCCAUGAACUGGAGAAAAUCGGUUCCGGAGAAUUCGGCUCUGUGUUUAAAUGCGUGAAGAGACUCGAUGGCUGCAUCUACGCCAUAAAGCGAUCGAAGAAGCCCCUUGCCGGCUCUGUGGAUGAGCAGAAUGCUUUGAGAGAGGUGUAUGCACACGCUGUAUUGGGACAGCACCCCCAUGUGGUCCGAUACUACUCCGCUUGGGCAGAAGAUGACCACAUGCUCAUUCAGAAUGAGUAUUGUAAUGGCGGGAGCUUGUCUGAUGUCAUCAGUGAGAAUUACAGGACGAUGCAAUAUUUCACGGAGCCAGAAUUAAAGGAUUUGCUCUUGCAAGUGGCUCGCGGCCUGAAAUAUAUUCACUCCAUGUCACUGGUGCACAUGGACAUAAAGCCGAGUAACAUAUUCAUAUCAAGGACGACCCUCCCAAACACGGCAGUCGAAGAAGCGGACGAUGAGGAAUGUGGCUCCGGAAAAGUAAUCUAUAAAAUAGGUGAUCUUGGUCACGUAACAAGAGUCUCCAGUCCCCAAGUGGAAGAAGGUGACAGUCGGUUUCUUGCCAAUGAAGUGCUACAGGAGAACUAUACCCACUUGGCAAAAGCUGAUAUAUUUGCCCUGGCGCUGACAGUGUGGAGCGCAGCGGGAGCAGAGCCCUUUCCUACCAAUGGAGACCAGUGGCACGAGAUCAGACAGGGCAAGCUGCCCCGGGUGCCACAGUUACUCUCUCAAGAGUUUGUGGACUUAAUCAAGCUUAUGAUUUCACCCGAUCCAGAGAAAAGGCCUUCGUCCGUGGCCCUGGUCAAGCAUUCCGUUCUCCUAUCCGCGUCUCGCAAGAGCGCCGAGCAGCUGCGCAUAGAACUCGAUGCCGAGAAGUUUAAAAAUGCACUUCUGCAGAAGGAACUGAAGAAAGCACAAAUAGCCAAAGCAGCGGCAGAGGAACGAGCCCAUUUCCCCGACCGGAUAGCGACUCGAUCCACGACUCAGAACAACCGGACGACCCGCCUCAUCGGGAAGAAGAUGAACCGAUCCGUCAGCCUCACUAUAUACUGACAUUUAGUACUGACAUAUAUAGUACACGAUUGUCGCCUUCACCUUGUUUCGUGUGGAUCCAUUCGAGCAGCUUUCGUAGUUUAGUUUAACAGACGCUGCGUUAGUAGCUGUAGGUGUUAAAGCUCUAACAUCCCAGUUGGCAGUUUUUUUGCAACUUGUCCUGAAUUAUGAUCCAGUUGAUCCGAAGUCCGGACUCAAUGGCACACGAUCAAUAACUGUUGAUCAAAGUGUCAUCAAUGGAUGGGAUGGAGUUGUUGACCUUUAAGGCUUUUAUGUCCAAUUAGGACCCAGAUUGUUAGCCUCUAUGGUGGUAAAUUCUUAGUCUAAUCAAGACAGAUGGUAGAAGGAUAUGGGGGAGCCAGGGACCCCCCUCCUUUAAAUACACUGGUGUAAGCCAAUGGUGAGUUGUAGCACCAUGAUGCCCAAGCUCUGCUUCAGGCCCAUUUCUAUUUAAUGCUCCCAAGUCUACAUUACUGUAAUAGUUUACAGCUUUUUUUAGUUCAGGUUUUACUUUAAUGCGGUAUUUUUCUUUUUUUUUUCUCUAAUGUAAAUGUGUAAAAUAGACGCGCCGGGUUCGCCAGUUUAGAAUGAAUGGGAAAUUCAUUGGAGAAACUCGGCACCGGCGAUUCGAAAUUGUACCUGGGUACAUUUUAUUGUGGAUUUUAUUCAACUUUGAGCACUUUGUUAGCAUCAGGCAAUGUACGGGCACAGUCCAUAUGUGCCACAUGAAAUAUGCUGCUAUUUUUGUUCCCCCCUCCCUCUUUAUUUUUGUUCCCCCUUCCUUUUUAUUCCCUGUAAAAUGUGUAGCAUUAAAGGGGUUGUUCAUCUUUAACUGAACUGUUAGUAUCAUGUAGAGGGGGAUGAUCUAAAACAACUUGCAAUUGGUUUUCACUUUUUUAUUUGUUUUUUAUUUAGCUUUUUCUUCAGCAGUUUUCCAGUUUGCAAUUUGUCAUCUGGUUGCUAGGGUCCAAAUUCCCCCAUUAACCGUGCAUUGAAUUGAAUAAGAGGCUGGAAUAUGAAUAGAAGAGGCCCAAUAGAAAGUAGCAGUAACAAUAAAUGUGUAGCCUUACAACAGAGCAUUUGUUUUUUUAGAUGGGGUCAGUGACCCCUGCUGGAAACAGUCAGGAGGAGGCAAGUUAUUCAAAAACUAUAAAAAAUAAAUGAAGACCAGUUGAAAAGUUGCUUAGAGGUGGCCAUUCUAUAACGUACUGAAAAUUAACUUAAAGUUGAAACACCCCUUUAAACAAUCAUUGUUUUACAUUGUCCCCUCGGCUGAUGAUGAACUUGGUUGGUCCCGGUAUCUCGCACAGAAGGUGCUUAAUGGCCCCGUAGCUUGUAAUUAUGUCCAUAACUCCCAUGAUUCAACAGGAAAAUAUGCACCUUCCCCCCCCAACACCCGUUGUAAAGAACUUUGUGUCCCGUUUGUUCCUUUUCUUUGUAUGUAGAAAUACAUAAUGUGACUUGUACCUUCAUGCCAAAUCCUUGCAGAGCAGCGACCUCCCGUUCUGCACCCCCCAAAUCCGCUCGGUCGCCACCAGUAAAGCGAGUGCAGAAUAGGAACCUUGUGCCGUAAUUGCACUAGCGACCCCCAACCUCUUGUUUCAGAUCUAGAUCAAUCUUGCCUAAUGUUUGAAAACUUUUUGGGGUUCUUUACUGAUUCCACAGAGAACCCAGGGGGUGAGAGGCUUUACUGAUAUUAGCAGCUGCUUGCCCGUGGGCUCUCAUUGGCUGACAGGCGUGAGAGCGGAGAAAUCUGAUUGGCUGCGUUAGGAAAUGUUCUUAAUAUGUCUCAGUAAAACGUGUUUCAUCUUCAUUUGUUCCCCCUCCCUCCAUUGUCAGUUUAAUAUAUUAACAUAGAAUUCAUGUUAAAAGCAACUGGAGUUCCGCUGCCAGGACAGAAUUUGUUGAUCAGAAGUUUCUGGGUUCUGCACAUAAUGUUUGUUCACAUAUAUGAAAAAGCUGCGCCUCUUGUACAUUCAGUUGUGAGUUUGUGAUGGUCGGUUUGUCUUUAAAAACCCUGUAAAUAAAUUACAUGUGCCUUCCUCUUUCUUAAA